AUGAGUUCCCGUUGUGGUAGAUUGAAUUGGUCGAAUAUAGAAGUACAUAUUUCGGAUAAAGCAAUUGAAAAACAACAUCAAUUUACUGCAUCUGCUUCUCCCUUAUCAACCAAUACGGUAUCGGCGGAUGAUGAACAAGAGACAAGUUUACCAGCUGCAACCAAAUCAGCGUGGAAACCUAAAACUGGCGUUGGUGAAAUGCGUAUGGAAGAAUUCGUUGGUAAUUUUAUGUUGACAAAUGCUGAAGAAGUAGCUAUUGAUCGAAAAUAUAAAAAGCAGGCGACGCGAGUUGAAUAUUCUAAAGUUUCGUCUAUUCCUAAACCAGUGCGCAUAUCAAAUCGUUUGCAAUCUAUUCGAGAUACGCCGUUAUCAAUACGUAUCACCAAUCUAUUUGUUGGCCAACAUCUUUUAAACGUUUUUGUCUGUCAUGUUGAAUCGUGUUCAAAUAUAUACAUCAUGUUUGGUGAUGAUUACAAUCGAGCAACGAAAUUAUUCCAAGAAAUGAAUGCCUGUGAGGAAUUGAUUCGACCGCUAAAUACGAAUUUUGAAACGAAAGAAAAAGAUCUUGUUGCUUUACGUCAUGAAAAUAAUUGGUUUCGUGGCUGCUGUUUAAACUCUACUAGUACACAUGUCGAUGUUUUCUGUAUUGAUUCAGGUGCGACAAUCACCUGUUCAAAAAAUGGUAAACUUCUAUAUAAAGAUCGAUAUGAAGCAAUUGUUACACGAAUUGAUGCAUCGAAUCGUCCAACAAUUGUCUUGUAUUAUGAGAAUGAAAAUGUCAAUGAUCAAUUACUUGCAAUGCUCAACAUAGUCUAA